CUUCACUCAUCUAUCAGAACAGCUGAUUUCUUAGUUGAAGGCAGUCACUGGCGUGCAAUAACAAGAGGUGAUUCUCCACAUUCAUGACCACAUGCGUGUUGCAUCGAACAUACGCAAUCCCAACAUGACGACUCUGACCUUUGACCUGUUCACUCAUCAGAUCCAUGUGCAGCCAAGGAGAGAGGAUUGAGUCCAACACAUGACAUGAAGUUCCAUCCUCAGCAGUGAGGUGACAGCCCCUCCCCUCCUCUGUCUGGGUGUGUUUAUAAGCCGGUGGUUCUUGUGCCUCUCCUCCUCUCCUCCUCCUCUCCUCACCCCUAACCCUGCUCACCUCUCAGCUGGACAGCCAGAGACCUUCACGCUCCACACUGACAACAUGCUGGGGACUCUCUGCUCUCUCCUGGCUGCUCUCACAUGUGUGAGCGCCGUGACUGUGCUGACACAGCCUCCUGUUGUGACGCUGACCAGAGGAGAGUCGGCCUCCAUCGACUGUAACCUGGGGAGUGUUAAUAAAUCUCGUGCUAACUGGUAUAAACAGAUACCUGGAGGAGUUCCUCAGUAUGUGCUGUGUUUGUACCAUGGGUGGACCGAUGUAAAAUAUGGUUCUGGAUUCUCCUCACCUCGUUUCACAUCUACUUAUCAGUCAAAGACUGAUUAUCGCUUGAUCAUCAAUAAUGUGGAGGAAGGAGACUCAGCAGUUUAUCACUGUCAGACAUGGGAUGGUUCAGCUAAAGAACGGGUAUUCGGCGGAGGCACCAAGGUGAUCGUUACUGGCUCCAGCCUCCCUCCUCCUGUCCUGACAGUCUACCGUCCUUCCACCAAUCCGCUCUCGUCCAGUCAUGCCGCUCUGGUCUGUCUGGCACGGCAGAUGUCUAUCGGCUUCGCAGAGGUGAGCUGGCUGGUCAACGGGAGUCCGGUCACCGACGGGACUUGGACCAGCACCGCAGUUCAGCACCCCGACAAGACUUUCCAACUCAGCAGCCAUCUGUCCCUUCCAGGGUGUGACAGCGAGGACAGGAGCUACACAUGUAAAGUGACCGUGGGUUCAAGCUCCUUUGAGAAAACGAUGAGGAUGUCUGAAUGCAGGAACACUGUCGAAUAAGUGUCACGUUAACUUUGAUCUCUUUCUUGCUUGCUGCUUGUGCACUAGAAGAUAGGGUGAUUUUGUGAUCUAUGGGGCUUUUGUGUGCAUUCAUGAAUAACAACCUUUAACCGUUCUGUACGUUGUGUUGAGAAAAGUUCACUCAAUAAAAGUCAUUGCAUUUGAAAAAAUGUUGUCUCCCGCUCU